AGGGAAGCGGCGGGCGGGACCAAGGAGGGGCUUGCAGGUGAGCCGGUGGGCCGGGGGUCGCGGGCAUGGCAGAGGCCAGGAAGCGGCGGGAGCUGCUUCCCCUGAUCUACCAGCAUCUGCUGCACGCGGGCUACGUGCGCGCGGCGCGGGAAGUGAAGGAACAGAGCGGCCAGAAGAGUUUCCUGGCUCAGCCUUUCACCCUUUUGGACAUCUAUACACACUGGCAACAAACCUCUGAACUUGGCCAGAAGCGGAAGGCAGAAGACGAUGCAGCGCUGCAAGCCAAGAAGACUCGCGUGUCAGACCCCCUCAGCAGCUCUGAGAGCUCAGACGAGGAGGAGGAAGACGAAGAGGCAGAAGCCAGAACUGCCAAAGCUGCCCCAAGACCAGCAUCUACCAACUCCUUAGCCAGGGGAGUGGAUUUGCCAUCAAGCAUGAAAGAAAAGGCCAAGGCACAGGCCAGGAGCACCAGCAAGACCAUGAACUCUAUGCCACACCUCGCCCCGGGGAAAGCAGCGGGCCACUUUCUUUCUGGAAAGUCACCCAAGAAGUCAGCACAGUCCUCAGGAAGUAUCAUCCUGGUCUCAGAAACCGAGGAGGAAGGCAGCAUCCGGGCCCUUGGAGCCACUGCCAUACCUGGGACCGUGUCAGCUGACCAGGUGGACAACUCCAGCAAGGACAGCUCCAGCUCCAGCGAUGAAACAGAUGUGGAGGUCAAGUCCUCAGGGAAAGCAGCCCAGGUCAGGCCCUCACCUGCCCCUGCCAAGGAGUCUUCAGCAAAUAAGGUGGCCCCAAGCCCUAGGAAAGUCGGGGGCUUGGUACCCCAAGCCGGAGGAGGUGCGCUCACCCCAGCUGGGAGUGCCAAAGUGCUGAAAGAGGAUCCAGGGAACAGCAAGGAGUCUGAGAGUGAGGAAGAGCCCCCCAGCCAGGUGAAGGUGUCUGAGAAAAUCCUCCCAGUUAGAGCUGCCUCAGCCUCUACCAAGGGGACCCCUGGCAAAGGGGCCACAUGUGCACUCCCUGGGAAGGUGGGGCCCGUAACUGGGCAAGCCAAGGUGGGGAGGCCUGAGCAGGAGCAGGACUCAGGGAGCAGCAGCGAGGAGGAGUCUCACAGUGAGGUGGAGAUGCCGGCUGCCACGACUGCACCUCAGGCGAAGUCUGCAGGGAAGACCUCUCAGGUGAGAGCUGCCACAGCCCCUGCCAAGGAGUCCCCCAGGAAGGGCGCCCCUCCAGCAUGCCCUGGGAAAGCAGGGCCUGCAGCCACCCAGACCCAGGUGGGGAGGCAGGCGGAGGACUCAGUCAGCAGCAGCAGCAGCGAGGAGUCAGACAGUGACACGGAGACACCAGCACCCCAGGCCCCAGUGGCAAAGCCUGUCCAGCUGAAGCCCUUGGGGAAGACUCCUCAGGUGAGAGCUGCCCCAGCCCCUGCCAAGGAGUCCCCCAGGAAGGGCGUCCCUCCGGCACCCCCUGCGAAGACAGGACCUGCGGCCACCCAGGCCCAGAUGGGGAAGCGGAAGAGGGAUUCAGACAGCAGCAGCAGCAGCGAGGAGUCGGACAGUGACGGGGAAACACCGGCACCCCGGAUUCCAGCCACCAGCCCUGCCCAGGCAAAGCCCUCAGGGAAGAACCUCCAAGUCAGACCAGCCUCAGCCCCCACCAAGGAGCCGCUGGGGAAAGGGGCUGCUCCUAAGCCCCCUCAAAAGUCAGCACCUGUAGCUAUUCAAGUCAAGACUGAAAUGUCCAAGGAAGACUCAGACAGCAGCGACAGCGACGAGUCAUCUGACAGUGAGGAGGAGGCACCAGCAGCCGCUCCUGCGGCUCAGGAAAAACCAGCUCUGAAAACACCUCAGGCCAAGGCUUCUCCCAGAAAAAGCGCCCUCCUCACCCCAACAUCUGCCAAGGGCCCGCCAGUACGGGUGGGUACCCCAGCCCCCUGGAAAGCAGGUACAAUGACUUCUGCACCAGCACCCGCUCUGCCUCCGGGCACGCAGAGGCCAGAGAAUGAUUCUUUGAGCAGUGAGGAGUCAGAGGCUGAGGGGGCCACGCCUGCAGCAGCAGUGGCACAGACAAAGCAGCAAGCUGCCUCAGCACCCACCAAGGGGCCCGCAGGGCAGGGGGUUACCCCAGCGCCCCCUGGGAAGACAAGGCCCACCAUCGCAGCACCUGCUGGAAAGGCGAGACCUACUGUCACCCAUGUCAGAGCCGAGGCUCAUGAAAGCUCUGAGAGCAGUGAGGAGGAUUCUGAUGACAGUGAAGCGGCAGCAGUCAUGACCCCACCACAGGUGAAAGCCUCAGGGAAAACCCCUCAGGCCAAAGCUAGCCCAGCUUCCACCACAGCAUCUGCAGUCAAAGGGGCAGCAUCAGCUCCUGGGAAACUGGUCACUCCGGUUGCUCAAGGCAAACGCGGACCCAUGGCCAAGGCAAGUGGGGGGAAGUCACCAGUGAGAGCCCCCCAGAACGGUGCCAUCCCAGCAAGGGGCCAGGCAUCUGUGUCAGCGGUAGAGAAGGCAGUGACUGCGGCAGCCCAGGCUGAGAAGGACUCAGAGAGCAGCGAGGAGUCCUCAGAGAGCGAGGAAAAGGUGCCAGCCCAGGUGAAGCCCACAGGAAAGACCCCUGCCUCAGCUCCUGCCAAGGAGCCCCCCAGGAAGGGCGCCCCACCUGCACCCAUUGGGAAGACGGUGCCUACAGCCACCCAGGUGGGGAGGCAGGAGGAGAACUCAGUCAGCAGCAGCAGCAGCGAGGAGUCAGACAGUGACACAGAGACACCAGCGCCCCAGGCCCCAACGACAAACCCUGCCCAGCUGAAGCCCUUGGGGAAGACUCCUCAGGUGAGAGCUGCCCCAGCCCCUGGCAAGGAGUCUCCCAGGAAGGGCGCCCCUCCGGCACCUCCUGCGAAGACAGGACUUGCAGCCACCCAGGCCCAGGUAGGGAGGCAGGAAGAGGACUCGGACAGCAGCAGCAGCAGCGAGGAGUCAGACAGUGACGGGGAAACACCGGCACCCCGGAUUCCAGCCACCAGCCCUGCCCAGCUGAAGCCCUCAGGGAAGACUCCUCAGGUGAAAGCUGCCCCAACCCCUGCCAAGGAGUCCCCCAGGAAGGGCGUCCCUCCGGCACCCCUUGGAAAGACAGGACAUGUGGGAGGAGUCAAGCAGGAGGACUCAGACAGCAGCAGCGGUGAAGAGUCGGACAGUGACCGGGAGACAUUGGCACCCCAGACUCCAGCCCAGGUCCUUUCUCUGCAGAAAAACAUUACCUCAAAAACUGCCAGAAGCAGCACCGUGACCCCAGCUCCCCCAGAGAAGAACCCUGAGGGGUCCUCGGAGAGCAGUGACGAGGAGCUGCCCCCCAGCCAGGUGAUUAAACCCCCUCUGAUUUUUGUCGACCCUAAUCGUAGUCCAGCUGGCCCGGCUGUGACCCCCGCACAAGCCCAGGCUGCAAGUGCCCCAAGGAAGGCCCGGGCCCCCAGCAGCACUGCUGGGAGCUCCUCCUCCGAGAGCGAGGAUGAGGAUGUGAUCCCCGCCACGCAGUCCUCUGCACCUGCUGUUAGAACAGAUGCAACUAUGCCCACUACCUCCACAAGGACAGCCCCCAGAGCCAGCGCCAGCGAGGAGUCCAGUCGGGCAUCAGAAGACAAGAAACAGGAGGUGGCAGCCUCUCAGGUGACAAGGAAGAACCCAGCUUCCCUCCCACUGACACAGGCUGCCCUGAAGGUCCUGGCCCAGAAAGAGGCUGGCAGUGCUGCAGGAACACUGCCUGUGACGCAGCCUCAGAGCACCGCUGUCCAGGCCAGAGUGGCCAACAAGCUCAGACAGACCAAGCUGUCUGAAGGCCAGCAGAACACAGCCAUUCCCUCGGGCUGCCCCAAAGCUGAAGCCCCUGGAAGCUCGGAUGAUAGUGAGGACAGCAGUGACGACUCUUCAGAGAAUGAGGAGGAUGCUGAGGGACCUCAGAAGGCCAAGUCAGACCCCAGGCUGGCAGGUCCACCCCUCUCCAAGAGGGAGACCUUGGUGGAGGAGACCACGGCAGAGUCCAGUGAGGAUGAGGUGGUGGCACCCUCCCAGUCUCUCCUCUCAGGUUAUGUGACACCUGGGCUAACCAUGGCUAAUAACCAGGCUUCAAAAGCCACUGCUGGACGAGAGUCGAACCCCACAAUUUCCUCUGCUUCAAGAACUAAAGACCCAGCUGGAAAGCCAGCAGCAGAGUCCCAGCCAGCAGGCAUCAUGUCUCCUAAACCAGGUCGGAAAGAGGCUGCCUCAGGCCCCACAACUCAGAAGCCCCGGAAGCCCAAGAAGAGGCCUGCGAGCACCGAAGCCUCCCUGCAGGCACUGCAGAGCAGCAUCACCCAGCGUCUCCUGGGCCAGCCCUGGCCCCUGAGCGAGGCACAGGUCCAGGCCUCCGUGGUCAAGGUCCUGACUGAGCUGCUGGAGCAGCAAAGGCAGAAAGCCACAGACGCCACCAAGGAGAGCAGCAGAAAGGGCCAGAAGCGGAAGCUGUCGGGGAACCAAGCAGCCUCCAAAGCUCCCAAGAGCAAGAAGAAGAAGCAGCUGGCGGCUGGGGAACUCAAGGAGGGUGCUGCUUCCUCAGAAAAGGCCUCGAGGACUUCCAAGGGGAAAUCAAAGCGAGGCAAAGCCAGUGGCGACAUCAAGGAGAAGGAGAAGGGAGCUCCUGGCUCUGGAGGGGCCAUGGCCAAGCCUGAAGGGGAGCUUCCAAAGGUGGAGGGUGGAGAUCAGAAUGACCCCAAAACCAAGAAAGAGAAGAAGAAAUCCAGUAAGAAAAGAAAAGACAAAGAAAAAAAGGAAAAGAAGAAGAAAGCAAAAAAGGCCUCAGCUAAAGACUGUGACUCACCAUUCCAAAAGAAAAAGAAGAAAAAGAAGACGACGGCCGAGCCAACAGUGUGAGGGGCCAGGCGCCCAGUGCAGGAGCUGCAUAGUGCAGUGUCGACCACCCGGGGCCUCCGCCCUCUGCCUGCCGUGGGUCAGGACUGAAUUCUGAAUUUCCCUGCCCUGCACGGGAGACAGCAGCCAGCCUCAAGGCCUGCGGGAGGGCGGUGGGGGACAGGGGGCCCUGCCUUGGGCCUCGCCCCGCCUUCCCUGCCACAGCGCUUCUAGAGAUGUGUACAGUAUAUAUAUUUUUUUAAGUGACCUGCCUCUUCCUUCACCUCUAACCCAUCCCAGGGCCUCAGGCCUCGCACCGCUGUGCUUCGCAGACGCAGCUGUCGUGUGCCAUGUGGUCUGCAGCUGAUCUAGAGGCUUUGUCCUCUCCUGAGAACUCAGAAAUAAAAGAGUUGAAGGAAA